AUGUAUUCACUCUUUUUUUUUUCUCUUUUCCUUAUUUUACUUAAUAUAAUUCUAUUAAUUAUUAGCUCCUUAAUUAUAUUUAAAGCCUACAAAAACCGUGAAAAAAAUUCUCCUUUUGAAUGUGGAUUUGAUCCUUCAUGAUAUACUCGCUCUCCUUUCUCUAUACGAUUUUUUUUAUUAGCAGUCAUUUUUCUAAUCUUUGAUGUAGAAAUUAUUCUAUUAAUACCAAUAAUUAUUAAUUUAUUAUUUUCUCCAUCAAUUAUUUACUUAUCAUCUACGAUAAUUUUUCUUAUUAUUUUAAUUAUUGGUUUACUACAUGAAUGAAACCAAGGAUCAUUAGAUUGAAUAUAA